AUUUUAACACACCUUUUAACGUCCAUAUCACGGUUUUUGCACAUUUGAUAGCAUAAAAAAGUCAGUCCAGUGGAAAUUUCUUACAGGAUGUUAGGAUGACAUCACGAUCAGGUGCGUGCUGGUGCUAACCGAGUCGGGCUGUUCGGGUGAAGGGUUUAACAUGCCGAGGUCCGCUAGCUGUUUUCGGACACUCGGUUAGCUCCGUCCCGCGUGUCCGUCUCGUGGGAGACUGUUAUGGAUUUUACGCGGCUGGCUGUGGAUGCUGGUCAGUUCAUUAACCGGGCUGUUCAGUACACCGGAGGAAGUCUCGGUCAGGCGGACAGCACUGAGUUGGACCCGGGGCUGGAGGAGCUCCUGGCCCGGGUGGACACCACUAAGACCUGGACGGACAAGAUCAUUUCACAGGUGGAGGUUUCACUGCAGCCUAGUCUGGGAGCUCGGUUAGAGGACCGGCUGUAUGAGCAUCUGGAAUGGAGCGUCGCUCCUCGGCCACGUGCACACGAGUUACUGGGAGAUGACAUGACCCAGGCGGGACUGGAGAUUGGAUCCAGCACCCCGUACGGAAUGGCACUGAUCCAGUGUGGAGAAGCCCAGAAGCAGCUCGGAGAGGCUGAGAGGAGGUUUAUGAAAAGCACCAACGUCCAUUUUCUCACCCCACUGCGGAGGUUCACUGAGGGGGAAUACAGACUCAUACAGAAUGAGCGUAAGAUGUUGGUGAACAAGCGUUUGGACUUGGACGUAGCUAAACGCAGGCUGAGGAAAGCCCACGAGGCCGACAGGGAGGCCAGACAUUUAAAUGCAACCCCAGUAGAGGAUGACUACUUGUCACAUGUCUCCUUUAUGUUCAGCUUCCUGCGUGUUAAAUGGCUUAAGAUGUGGGCUCAGGAAAUCUCUCAGGCAGAGAUGGAGCUGAGGAUCUGUCAGAGUCUUUUUGAUCGACAGACCGAUGUCACAAAACGAGUUGUUGGCGGACUCGACGACGCUCACACCAACCACAUGCGGAGCCUCGCAGACUUUGUGGAUGCUCAGUCUUCAUAUUUUGCUGAAUGCAACCAACACGCUCAGGAACUUCAACGACAGCUGUCCAGGUUUCCAGCCGUUCUUUGCUCCAAUAACUGGCAGUCUACAGUCAAUAAUAGCGUAAAUUUGCCGAGCAGGCGCGUAGCGGACGAUGAGCCUCUAAAGUUGGAUCAGGUCACGCCAACAACCAGAGUUCUUCCAGACAUCAACCAGGACUCAUUAGUCAUUAAUUCUUCUCCUAAAACUGAUUCAGUUUCAUCUGCCAACAUGAACCAAAGCAACAACAACAACAUCUCAUCCACUCAGAGCCCUGUGGACCAGUCAGCUGUUAAGAGGCGGUUAUUUGCCAGUCAGACGUUGGAUCAUGUUUUUAGAUCGAUCCAAACAGAAGAGAAACAAUCUCCUAGUGGGACGAGCAACACGUGUGUGACAGCUGCUCCAGCGUCUGACCAGGCUGUCGGCAUCUCGGGAAACGAAGAUGCAGGAGGAGGAACAACCCGAGCUGCUUCCCCCCCUUCACAGGUCAGUGAUAUUCAAAUGGAGCCUCAGAUGGAGAACUCAGAAGCCGAUGACUCUCCGACUCCCAGUGAUGUGGGUCCUCGUCCUGCAGAUCAUAAUCACAGUUAAUGAGGUGAAAACAUGUCGGCUGGCUCUGAAAUCAUCUGGAGAGCAAGGGUCUGUGUAAAUUAAACAACAUAACAUCAAAAUUAUGUAGCAAGUGUCCUAGUGAGGUUGUUGUGUCAAAGACAUAAAAUCACAACGAUGUAAAAAAAAAUCGAGUUAUUAUGGAAUCUGUGUUUAAAACUGGAUUUUAAGUGUUUGUCUUCACAACUAGAAGUCAGAAUUGUCUGUUUAUGACCUGAUGGUGUAGAGUUCUGAUGUAUAUAAAGAGCCACUUUGUGCCAAGUGUGCACGUGUGUUUGAGCGUAGCUGUUCACGAGUGACACGGAUCUGGAACACCUCCAUAAAGAACGGCCUGCAUGUCACCCAGUCGUGUUUUGACUGGUGUUUCUACAAGCUGAGGUCAUUUUCCAUAUGAAUCAGUCACUUGUGUUUAUGUGUGUUUCAUGUGAAGCUCAAGAUGUGACAACACUCCAGCUUACACAGAACCCCUUUGCGUCUUCUGGGUUUCCUCAUUUAAAACACCCAAUUCACCUCCUUUUACCCUUUCACCCCAUUAACACCACCCCCAUAGGUAUGUCUCCGAGUCCAGAUGUUGUUGAUUUUCUUCCUGAAGGCACCUCUGCUCCACUGUGAUGUGGCUCCAACUUUGGGACUCUUGAUGGAAACCAAGAAGUAGAGUUCUGACGUAAUCUCCCACCCAGCAGGCUUAAGUUUUUGUCCAAAUACAUAAAGAUAUUUGUGGGUUUGGUUUGCACUCAAGUUCUACUCUGGCAGAUUUAAACUUGUGAUUCAGUCACUUUGUUGAGCCAUUUUCUGUGCCAGGUCAAAGUUUUUACGGUUUUGUUUUGAGGCUGUAGAAAUAAAAUGUGCAGUGAUGAUGUCAUACAACACUUUGUCAUAUAUGGAAUAAAUCUCUGCUCAGAA